AUGUUUGCAACAUGUAAAAGAUCAAUUUUUCUUCCUGGUCGUUUAAAGUUUUCGUUGUCAUCGGCUGAUCUGGGGAAGUCGUACUAUGACACUCUUGGUGUUACCCCUCACGCCACCCAAAAUGACAUUAAAGCAGCUUACUACAAAUUGUCAAUGAUGUAUCAUCCUGAUAAAAAUAAAGGCAGCGAAGAGGCCAGUCAGAAGUUUCGAGAUAUUACAGAGGCGUAUGAAAUAUUGGGUAACUUUCGCUUGAAGAAGUUGUAUGAUAAAGGGCUUCUUUCCCCAGAUGGGUCGCAAUAUGGUAGAACCAGUACUGAUCCAAUGCCUGAAGAUGAUGAACAAACAAAAUUUUACAAGUCCAGGUUUACACGGGAUAAACCACCUACUACAGGUAGAACACCAAUUUAUAAUUUUGAUGAAUGGUCUCAUGCUCAUUAUGGUGAUGCAUUUGCCAGACGAGCUGCAGCGAAAGAAAGAUUCGAGCAGAAAAAAAUGGAUAAGCUGAGGCAAGAAAAGGAAGUAGAAAAUGAAUUUGUCGUUUUGGGGGUUUUACUUUUUGUACUUAGUUUUUUUGCAUUUACUCGUAUUACAAAUGAUAGCAAUGAUAUUAGUGGAAAAGAAUUUGAUGGCAAUGAGGUUGAAAAGUAA